GAGAUCGAGCUCCGUCACCGUUCUUUCUUUGAAAACUCUGACAAAGAGAGGAAUUAAAUUGAAGAGAAAAUUCCCUAUCGUACUUUCCCAGGUGCCAAACAAACUUUCUCGGCAAUGGUUUCUCUACGACUAUCACCGAUUCCGUGGCGCGGGGAACUUCACAGUUUCUGCAAUUAGGUCGCUUUUCUCAGUCAAUUCAACCGCUAACUCGUCAGAUCUCAUCCGGCUUCGGCAGGUCGGAUCCGAUCUGUGAAAUCCUUAAGAGAUCGAAAAGAAUGGCCGGGGCGGUCUCCGCUCUGUUCCUUCUAGACAUUAAGGGGCGCGUGCUGGUGUGGCGUGACUACCGUGGCGACGUCUCUGCCACUCAAGCAGAACGCUUCUUCACCAAGCUCAUCGAGAAAGAGGGCGACCCGCAGUCUCAAGAUCCAGUUGUGUAUGAUAAUGGAGUGACAUACAUGUUUAUACAGCACAGCAACGUCUACUUGAUGACAGCUUCGAGACAGAACUGCAAUGCGGCUAGCCUUCUUUCUUUUCUACACCGAGUAGUUGAUGUCUUCAGACAUUAUUUUGAAGAGUUAGAAGAGGAAUCACUUAGGGAUAAUUUUGUAGUGGUGUAUGAGUUACUUGAUGAAAUGAUGGACUUUGGUUACCCUCAAUAUACGGAAGCAAAAAUUCUUGGUGAGUUUAUCAAAACUGAUGCAUAUAGGAUGGAAGUUACUCAAAGACCUCCUAUGGCUGUUACAAAUGCAGUCUCUUGGCGAAGUGAAGGGAUUGCCUAUAAGAAGAAUGAGGUUUUCUUAGAUGUGGUGGAGAAGGUUAAUAUUCUUGUCAACAGCAAUGGACAGAUAAUUAGGUCGGAUGUUGUUGGAGCAUUGAAGAUGAGAACCUAUUUGAGUGGUAUGCCUGAGUGUAAGCUUGGCCUAAAUGAUAGAGUAUUAUUGGAGGCACAAGGCCGAGCAACAAAGGGAAAGGCAAUUGAUCUGGAGGAUAUAAAAUUUCAUCAGUGCGUGCGGCUGGCACGAUUUGAAAAUGACCGCACGAUAUCCUUCAUUCCACCUGAUGGGUCUUUUGAUCUUAUGACAUAUAGACUCAGUACUCAGGUAAAGCCUCUCAUUUGGGUGGAAGCUCAAGUUGAAAGACAUUCAAGAAGCAGAGUUGAGGUUAUGGUAAAAGCAAGGAGUCAGUUUAAGGAGCGCAGUACUGCUACAAAUGUUGAGAUUGAGAUUCCAGUACCUGCCGAUGCUUCCAAUCCAAAUGUCCGGACGUCAAUGGGUUCUGCAUCAUAUGCACCUGAAAGUGAUGCACUGGUAUGGAAGAUAAGGUCAUUUCCUGAUCUAAUGGUCCUUGGCAGUACUGCUACAAAUGUUGAGAUUGAGAUUCCAGUACCUGCCGAUGCUUCCAAUCCAAAUGUCCGGACGUCAAUGGGUUCUGCAUCAUAUGCACCUGAAAGUGAUGCACUGGUAUGGAAGAUAAGGUCAUUUCCUGGUGGCAAGGAGUAUAUGUUGCGGGCGGAGUUCAGUCUUCCUAGUAUAACUGCUGAAGAUGGAGGUCCAGAGAGAAAAGCUCCAAUACAUGUGAAGUUUGAAAUCCCAUAUUUUACUGUUUCAGGAAUACAGGUUCGCUACCUGAAGAUCAUUGAGAAAAGCGGCUAUCAGGCUCUUCCAUGGGUCAGAUACAUAACAAUGGCUGGAGAGUAUGAACUGCGACUUAUUUAAUUGUGACUCUUGUCGGUUGACAUUUUGAAUUCAGGAAGUUUAUUUACUAGUUUAAAUCACAUAAGAACGAGGGCAAAAUGAAAUGGUUGGAUAAACAAGAAAGCCCUGUAGAAUGUAUUCUAUAUUCUUAUGAAAGUUUGUUGAGAAAAUUCUUUUCUGCUUCACUUCACAUUCUGUGAAUGAUAAUUGUCAUGUCCAAUAUUUCUGUACGAGUUGAUUGAUAAUAAUCACAAAAAAAAGGGGGUUUAUUCA